UCAAGCGUUUACACGGUUUUACCUUUUAACAUGGAGAAUAUUAUUUGAUUGAUGAGCUGAAGUAUAAUCCAGCAUGCUAAUUCAUCGAGUUUUUAUCAAUUGAUAAUUAGUGGAGAACAAGUUUAUUAGACAACUGUUGCGAGAAUUCGAUUUUGUAAUUGAUUAAUGUUGAGUUGUAACGAUUGUGCCGAAAUGUUGAGACGAGUUUUGGAGCGUCAGAACGAACGUCGCAGGGCGCUGCAGGAUGAGGUGAUCGAGGGAUCAAGUACUCCACGGCGUGGAAGCUUUAUAGAUCUCCCUAGGAUGCGGUUGAUGGAUAAACAGGCGAAAGCCGAACCAGUACCACUCUACUCGCUGUCCUCGCUUCCUCAGAAGACCUACCCCAUUCAUUCGAACAACUUUUACCCUAAGGGCAACUGCCAGGGUCAAGCAGACAGAUUCAUCCCGAACAGACGAUCCCAAAACUUUGAUUUUUCGAAGUACUGUUUGAUGAAGAAAGAGACACAAAUUGAGAAGGAUGCUUCUUCAAAUAAUUAUGUUGAUGUAAUCAACCAGAUAAAUUUCUUGGAGUCCACGUGGAGGAAACGCCUCAUGAUACGAGCGAUGCAGGGGCUUGAUGUUUUAUCGGGUAUUGGUAAUCACAGGGUUUUGAAUAUUAGUGGAAACAGUCGGCUUAAGGAGAUGGUUACAGGCAGGAAGGAUAACAGAAGGAGGAAUAGUGUUGUUGAUGAGUAUGAGGAGAAUAUUUGGAAGGUGAAACCAAGGAGCAGGCCUCUACUUGGGGAACAUCAUCACAAAAUUAGGAUUCCAAAUCGAUCGAGACCAGCCCGUGGAGCCAUUGAUUGGGGUUCGAAGAACUGCAUUGUGGCCCCAGUGGACAUCAAUUUACAUUUUUUUACGAUGGACGAGUCUAAUCCAUCGCACAUAAGUAUUUCGGUGGAGUCCUCGUUCCCAGGGUCACGACAGGUAAAAUGCCUCAAGUGGAAUAAUGCUGGAGAUCAAGUUGCCAUGUACUCGAGAAGUUACACAAUAUGUGUUUUCGAUGUGCCAUCAUCGAAAAUAUUAUGGAGUGAGGAAUGUCUCUGCGAUGAUUGUGAUAUUACUUGUAUGAAUUGGAGUGUGGAUGAUGAAGAGAUUGUCGUAGGGUGCACAUCUGGAAAAGUAUCUCUCUUCCGCACGCGUGAAUCAAAAGGAGAUCGUCUAAUUGAACACCUCCCAUCUCACGAAGGAGCAGUAUUAAACUUAGCAGUAUCCCCCAACAAUCGUUACCUGGCAACCUCCGGAAUAGACAAACUAGUUCGCAUCUACCUCUACCCAGCAAUGAUCCUCUACCUCGAGAUUGGUUACUACGAUGCAACCCAGGCAUUCGCUUGGCACCCUUGGGACUCGGGAACACUGUGCAUCGGCGGUGGAAACGGCGAUGGCUCUCUGUCCCUUUGGGACAUGCAGAGGCAGGAGUCCAUUGGAUACAAACGAGUAGCCUUCUUGGGCCACGUGAAGAACAUGAACUGGAACAAGAUCAGCGGAGAACUGGUCGUACAGUGGUACUACUGGGAGGGCGACAAACGUUUUGUCACUAUCCCUGUAUUGGCUAGUUGGGACAGGGUUGUCGAUGUGGCACAGUGGAGUACACGAUAUGGAACUCAUGCGUUCAACGUUAUUUGGAAUCCAGAUCAUACGAAACUGGGGGUCCAACUAUCAAAUGCUUUAUUGAUCUGGGAUUUCUUCGGUUACCAAGAGUCAGCCUGGUUGUCGGAUACCAGAGAAAAGAAGAAAACUGCAUUCUUUCAGCACGUCAAAAGUGCUCUUGUAAAAACAAACACCAGGUUAUUACACCGAGGAGGGAGAAUAAAAAGAUGAUGACUCUAACGACCGAUUACUCGAGUUAUAGUCAGAGGUACUUCAUCUGGUAUGAAUCAAAGAGAGUUUAUGGACCAAGAGAGAGACAGCAAGAGUGAAGCAGACUAAUGAUCUAGUGGAUGUAAUCCAAUACCAGACUUCAGUUCCCAUCACUUUAAUAAUUAUGCAUAACUGGGAUGCUCAAUAACUACUGGAAUUGAAACCCAUCCUUCAUUUUGAUAAGCUAAUAAAUCAAUGAAUUCAAUUAAUCAACUGA